AUGGGCGGCGCGAGCAUGAGCUUGUGUUGUGGGGCGUUUAAUAAGGUGAAGCCGUACUUGCUAAUGGUGGGGCUGCAAUUCGGCUCGGCCGGGAUGUACGUGAUAAGCGCGCAGACCCUAAAGAACGGCAUGAGCCGAUACGUCCUCAUCGUGUACCGCAACGCCAUCGCUGCUUUGGUGCUCGCUCCCUUUGCUCUCAUCCUCGAAAGGAAGAUCAGACCGAAGAUGACACUCUCGAUUUUCUUGCAGAUUGUGGUGUUGGGAUUUCUCGAGCCGAUCCUUGAUCAGAACUUUGCGUAUCUGGGGAUAACGUACACAUCGGCGUCGUUCGCGUCGGCGAUUAUGAACGCGGUUCCAUCGGUUACCUUUGUCAUGGCCGUUAUGCUCCGAUUAGAGCGAGUCAAAAUCAAGGAGGCGCGUGGGAUUGCUAAGAUCGUCGGGACGAUCGUGACGUUCCUCGGCGCACUGGUGAUGACACUAUACAAAGGCCCUUCGUUCCACCUGAUUCGGUCCACCAGCACGGCCCAUAGCGGAACCGGCACCGACCCGUCCGACAAGCAUUGGGUCGCCGGCACGCUUUUCAUCUUGAUCGGCUGUUGUGCCUGGUCCGCCUUCUUCAACCUCCAAUCUAUCACGGUGAAGAAGUACCCAGCAGAGCUGUCGCUGUCGUCGUUGAUAUGCUUGAUGGGGGCGAUGCAGAGCGCGGCGGUGGCACUCGUGGCGGAGCAUCACCCGGCUGCGUGGAGAGUCGGGUGGGACUCUCGUCUCCUUGCUCCCGUUUACACCGGCGUAGUUAGCUCUGGAAUCACGUACUACGUGCAAGGCAUAGUUAUGAAGACGAGGGGUCCUGUGUUCGUCACGGCCUUCAACCCUCUGUGCAUGAUCAUCGUCGCCGCCCUCGGUUCCAUCAUCUUGUCCGAGAAGCUCUACCUCGGAAGCAUCAUCGGAGGAAUCGUCAUCGCGAUCGGUCUCUACUCAGUGGUGUGGGGCAAGGCCAAAGACUACUCGACGACGCCAUCGCAAGAAUGUGUCGACCCGAAAGUCGAAACCCAGAAGCUGCCAGUCACUGUGGCGAAUGGGGUUGCUGCUGUUGAUCAGGAUGGUAUCAGAAAAUGACCUGAUGUUCACCAGUGCUUGGAUGUAUAUAAAGUUCCAAUUGCUCUGAUGUUUCGAUGUAAGGCACUGUGGGAAUUGUUGCUGUAUGAUCAAGUUUGCAUCCACAGCAUGAAAUUUGGAGUUGGACCACCAACAUCUUUCUUGAUUUCUUAGAGCUUCAAGCUGUCCUUAAAGAUGGCAAACGUUUAGAUCAUCAAACGAGGUUACGUU